AUGACUACGUCGUCGACGACCGACACAGGAGCAGAGCAGCAAACAGCGCCCAUAGCGAACGACGCAAGCAGCACCUCUCCGCCCUCAGUGGAGCAGGAGACGAAGGACGCAGAUGAGAACCCCCUCGAACAAACGACGAGCCGCAUCGAAAAUUAUCCGACUGGCAUUAAGCUGAGUUUGAUCUUGCUGAGCAUUUACUUGUCUGUCUUCUUGGUCGCCCUCGACAGAACAAUCAUUGCCACCGCGCUGCCCAAAAUCACGGACAAAUUUCAAAGCUUCGGGGACGUUGGUUGGUACAAUGCCGGGUUUUUGUUCCCAGCCACGGCUCUCCAACUCCUGUUUGGUCGGCUAUACACCUUCUACUCGCCCAAAUGGAUCUUCCUCACAGAGGUUUUUGUGUUUGAAAUCGGCUCGGCGAUAUGUGGAGCCGCCCCGAGCUCAGUCGCUUUCAUUUGGGGACGGGCGGUUGCUGGUCUCGGUGCCGCAGGACUAUUUAACGGGGCGAUGAUCCUGAUGAUGUAUGCUUCCCCUCUUGAAAAGAGACCUCUCUAUAUGGGUCUUCUGGGCGCUGUCUUCGGUGUGGCCUCCGUGGCAGGUCCCCUCCUUGGUGGAGUAUUCACGACCAAGAUCUCUUGGCGGUGGUGUUUUUACAUCAAUCUGCCGAUUGGUGCGGUAGUGCUCGCAUUCCUUUUCUUAGUUAUCGAAAACACUCCACCGGCACUUGGCGACCUGCCAUUCAAAGAGAAGCUUGACCGAAUUGACAUCCCUGGCACGCUUGUUUUCAUUCCGUGCAUUGUUUGCCUGCUCCUGGCCUUGCAAUGGGGCGGUCAAAAGUACGAUUGGUCCAACGGGCGUAUCAUCGCGCUCCUCGUCCUCUUUGGCGUCCUCCUUAUUAUUUUCAUCAUCAUUCAAUUCUGGCGGAAGGAGUCCGGCACAAUACCGCCCCGAAUCGCCAAACAGCGGACAAUUGCGACCGGAGGUUUCUAUGCCUUCUGUCUCGGGUCGUCGUUCAUGAUUGCUGUCUAUUACUUGUCGAUAUGGUUCCAGGCAAUUAAAGGUGAUUCAGCCAUCAGGUCCGGAUACUCGACGUUGCCCUUCAUUCUCGCCCUUGUCGUUGCAUCCAUUAUUUCGGGGGCCUUUGUCUCUAGACUUGGUUACUACAAUCCAUCAAUACUGGCAGGUGGCGUACUGACACCCAUUGGUGCCGGCCUCCUUACGCUAUUCACCACGCACACGGCGCACCCUAUGUGGAUCGGCGCUCAGGUACUGUACGGUUUCGGAGUCGGCCUGGGGCUACAACAAACCAAUAUCGCUGCUCAGGCUGUUCUGGACAAGAAAGAUGCCCCAACGGGGGUUUCAUUGGUGUUCUUCUGCCAGGGAAUAGGUGGCACCAUCUCCGUCGCCAUUGCCCAAAAUGUCCUAGACAACAAGCUCAUAUCAGGACUGAAGGGCUUCAGCAACAUCAGUCCCCAUGAUAUCGCCAAUACUGGAGCCACGCAGCUGAGGCAGGCUUUCAGUCCUCAGCAACUACCGGAGGUCUUAAGGGUCUACAACCACGCCUUGGUGAUUGUCUUCUAUGUUGCCCUUGGGUAUUCUUGUGCAGCUAUCCUCGGAGGUCUAGGGAUGGAGUGGAAGACCUUGAAAAGGGAGAAAGCUAAGAAGGACAAAGAAAGCACAGCGGAAAUCAAGGAAGAAGCUAAGACAGAGUGA